GAUUCUAUCGGAGGAGUAAACAUGGAGGACAACGGCGGUGAAGAUCCUGUUAAUAACAACAAUAAUACAACGGUAUCUUCUGAGGGAUCUAUUAUUAAGGUUACAGUCAAAACCCCGAAAGAUAAGGAAGAAAUCGCCAUCUCGGAAGAUGCCUCGGUCACUCAGUUUAAGGAGGAGAUCUCGCGGAGGUUCAAAGCCAAGCAGGAUCAGUUGGUUCUGAUCUUUGCAGGGAAGAUCCUGAAGGACGGGGACUCGCUCAACCAACACGGCAUCAAGGACGGCCUGACAGUCCACCUGGUCAUAAAGACGGCACACAAGGCAGGAGAUGGCGCUAGUUCCUGCACCUCCCAGGUGGGCAGCAGUAGUGGCAGCUCCUCGGGCCCCAGUUCUGCAGUCCACUCCUCCACAGUAGGGUCCACUGGAGGCCCUGCCUCGGCACCCCCACAGACCCCCAACAUACUGACCGGGUUCGGUGACCUGUCCAGUCUGAGCAGCAUGGGCAUGGGCUCAGCUAACUUCAUGGAGCUGCAGCAGCAAAUGCAGAGCCAGCUGAUGUCCAACCCAGAGAUGCUGUCUCAGAUCAUGGAGAACCCCCUGGUGCAGAACAUGAUGUCCAACCCAGACCUGAUGAGGCAGAUGAUUGUGGCCAACCCUCAGAUGCAGCAGCUGAUGGAGCGCAACCCCGAGAUCUCCCACAUGCUCAACAACCCCGAGCUUAUGAGACAGACCAUGGAGCUGGCCAGGAACCCUGCUAUGAUGCAGGAGAUGAUGCGUAACCAGGACCGGGCACUUAGCAACCUGGAGAGCAUCCCYGGGGGCUACAACGCCCUGCGAAGGAUGUACACAGACAUCCAGGAACCCAUGUUCAGCGCCGCACGAGACCAGUUUGGAAACAACCCUUUCUCAGCCCUGGGGGGCAACUCUGAUGGGGGGGUGCAGCCGUCGAGGACAGAGAACCGGGAACCGCUGCCCAACCCAUGGGGCCCCCCCAGCUCCACCACCCCCUCUGAGGGUGGAGGGGGCACGGGCACCACAGGCUCGUCUACCACUGGCAGCACCAACCCCAGUGUCUCCAACCCUCUGGGUGUCAACUCUGCCAGUCUGGGAAAUGGCAUGUUCAGCAGUCCAGGCAUGCAGAGUCUGAUGCAGCAGAUUUCAGAGAACCCUCAGCUGAUGCAGAACAUGCUGUCUGCUCCCUACAUGCGCAGUAUGAUGCAGUCUCUGGCCCAGAACCCAGACAUGGCCUCUCAGGUGUUGAUGAAUAAUCCCCUGUUUGCUGGAAAUCCCCAACUGCAGGAACAGUUCAGGAGCCAGCUGCCUGUCUUCCUGCAGCAGAUGCAGAACCCAGAGGCGCUCUCUGUCAUGACCAACCCCCGAGCCAUGCAGGCUCUCCUCCAGAUACAACAGGGCCUACAGACGCUGCAGACAGAAGCACCAGGACUCAUGCCCAGUUUGGCACCGGGUGGGCUGCCAGGUGGUCUACCAGGGGGGCUAGUAGGUGGAUUACCAGGUGGAAUACCCACAACCCCCCUGUCCGUAGGAGGGGGUGUGGCUCCAGAGAACCCCGCCUCUUCGCCGAGCGCUGGGACAAACCCCGCCCAGCAGCUGAUGAUGCAGCAGAUGCUCCAAAUGUUCGCAGGAGGGAAUGCCUCGAGCCAGACCCCGGAGGUGCAGUUCCAGCAGCAGCUGGAGCAGCUGGGUGCUAUGGGCUUCAUCAACCGAGAGGCCAACCUGCAGGCCCUSAUCGCUACKGGAGGAGAUGUCAACGCUGCCAUCGAGAGACUGCUGGGCUCUCAGCCCUCAUAAAGACACACUCACACACACACAGUUACGUAUAUAAGCAUACGUCAAUACAGACACACGCAUACACACUAUCCAGCUCUGGGUAGCAAGGGAUAAACACACACACAUACUGUCUACAGAGAACCAAGAAGUGAAAUGAACCGUCCCAAACCGACACAGAUGAGACCCGGUCAGGAUAUGUACCAUUCUAAACAUCCACCGCAGCCUCCUGUCAGAUCAUGCCCCACCCCCAUAUCCCCUGUUCUUAGCCUCAUCCACAGAGCUCUGCCCAGCAGAACCAGACUGACCAGACCAUCUCAACAGAGGGGUGUGAAAGGGAAGGGGGCGAAAGGCACCCUCUCUUAAACAGAGAUGCUUUAUCCUACAAGAUUCACUCAUCCAUCUUCCUCUCUAAUAAAUCUGAGGGGUUUAUUCAAUGAGAUGAGAGUUCAGAGUGCGGCAGAUAGUAAGCAUUGCAUUCACUGCAAAUGCAUUCACUGCAUUGCAUAGAGCUGUUAUGACGCAUUUGUUUCCUGUCUAUAUGUUGCAUUUCUGUCUACAGUGAGGUGAACAAUCCACCAUUUUGACCAAACCCCUGAUGUGCAGGGUAUAUGGAGAGGGGAGGAAGAGAGAAAUACAAAACUAUUUUGUCAAUCUCACACGGAUAUCAGGCCCCAAUCCCUUCCCCCUCUUUCCACGACUUUAACCGUCCAAAACCCUUUCUAUUUAUUGCUAUUGCUGAAAAGAAAAGAUCCCCCACACUUCCCUAAAAUUGCAAAAUUGUCAUUCCAGAUAGGAUAUAUCCAUCUCUUCUCAGCUGUGAGUUGUUCCCCCCAGGCUCCACGCACGGUGCCUUGUUUUCAACAAACCCCUUUAACAACAACCACUCCCAUCAAAUGGAUGGAUUUGAUCAAACCCUGGCUAGUCAAAUCAAAUGAGUCUGCCGGUGCUGGUGUAGAUUGACUUCACACAGGCGGUGCCACAAGAUUGAGACCUUUGAGAAAUGUCAUGAUAAUCGUUAAUGAAGGAAGAAAUGUGUGGUUCUGAGGAAGACACAGAAAGACGAGACAGAUUUCCUUUUCGUUUUAAUCUGAUUCAURAUGUUUUUUAAUUUGAGGUGUAAGUCGUACCUACCUAUAGAUAAUCUGUUUUGUCUCAUCAUUAAACAAAACUCUUCCUGGAAAAUGUAUGAAUAAAAUAUUAUGACAAAAGGCUUUUUGGUAUGGUGUGGCACCAUACGUUGUUGUAAAUUAGGUUCUUGCUUUUUGCUUUUAUUUUAGCAUUGUAGUUGUGGUAACCUUGGCAAUGGCUUCCAUAGCUGUGAUUUGUCUGUUGGCCUCAGCUGAAAAUCCAUACCCAAUUCAACAUGUUUGAACUAACUUUUAACAGUACUGUACUACAAAAUAAAACUAAGUUGGUCAAUAAGAACCCUAUUUCAAA